GUACCAAACAGUCAGGGCUCCCUUUACCUUUACCUUUUAAGCCUCAUUGAACCCAGUAGGACAGGAGAGAGGAACCUCCAGCCCAGGGGGCCAGUUUUGGCCUGCCAACUUUCCCCAUUUGGACUGCAAAGCCAUUUUGGGCAAGCCAUGCUCACCUGUCCUACUUCUGAGGGUCAUACAGAUAAGGGUGGGGGGCCUUUGAAAUGCUGCACAAAACUGGUACCCAGCACUAAGUAGGAUUGCCCUCCUGGUACAUUGGCUGAUGCAAAGAAAGGGUGAUCCUACAGGAAACUCCCUCACACACCCAAAUCUGCUCAGUUUGGCUGCACUUUCAGAGUACUCAGCAGGUAGCAAAGCACUGCUAAAAGCAAGCUUUUUCUUCAUUUCAGCAGCUGUUUCACUGUAAACCCCUUGUAGUGAAACAGAUGUUAGCAGUGCCUUCCUGCCUGCUACAAACUUUGAAGUCCUGACUUGGGGAUUUCAAAGGGCAAAAAACCUUGAUAUCGUUUGUGACAGAAUGUGGGUUGACAGGUAGGCACCCUCACUCACUUGUUAAAUUUGGCCCAUGAGUUGGAUCUGGCCUGUGGAGCCAAAAGGUUUCUCCACACUUGAGGCAGGGCUAAGUAAUCAUACAUAGGGUUGAGCUGUAAAAUUCUGUUAAAUAUUUUAAAAUAAAUGAUAUAUUAUUGAUAAGUCCAAAUUCUGAAAUCCAGAUGCCUUGCUUAUGGAAUGCUGUUAUACUAUCUAUAAUUAACUGUAUGCAUUCUUAUAAAUUCUGUCUUUUAGAGACAAAGCAAAUCUCACUGCAGGGUAAUGCUUGCUUUCUCAGUUUCUCCAGUCCCUAGAAAUGUUAAUUUCUAGUUUCCCUGUGAUAAUUGUUCAGGGUAGGCAAUAUCUUAAAAGGGUAUGACAAAUGUUCACAAAUGAAAAAUGAAGUGGGACGGGAAAGGAAUUCCCACUCCACUAUUCAAAAGCCAGAUCUAUUGAGGUUUUCUUUUUCUUUUCAAGGCAAGUCGGGGCUUUUAGAAACCUCUUAAAGAAAUUAGUUUAACAACUGUGGAGAAUCUCUCUUGCUGCCCGAACAUGAUGCUCAGCCACCCAACGUCAUGUUGCAGUGCUGCAGAAAUCAUGUCUGUGCUGUUUUUCCAUACCAUGAGGUACAAGCCGCAGGAUCCCAGGAAUCCCAACAAUGACCGGUUUGUUCUUUCCAAGGGUCAUGCAGCCCCAAUCCUGUAUGCUGCCUGGGCUGAAGCAGGCUUCCUCCAUGAAUCAGAGUUAUUAAACCUGAGGAAAAUUGAUUCCAUUUUGGAAGGCCACCCUGUGCCAAAACAAGCAUUCACUGAUGUCGCUACUGGAUCACUCGGUCAAGGAUUGGGUGCUGCAUGCGGUAUGGCCUACACCGGGAAGUACUUUGACAAAGCCAGCUACCGUGUUUAUUGUGUCCUUGGUGAUGGAGAAUUGUCUGAAGGUUCAGUUUGGGAGGCAAUGGCCUUUGCUGGGUUCUACAAGCUGGAUAAUUUGGUUGCUAUUCUUGACAUUAACCGACUUGGACAAAGUGACCCUGCGCCUCUGCAGCAUCAUGUUGAAAUCUACCAAAAACGUUGUGAAGCCUUUGGUUGGCAUGCUAUCGUCGUCGAUGGGCACAGUGUGGAGGAACUGUGCAAAGCCUUUGGCCAGGCCAAACAUCAGCCAACUGCAAUUAUUGCCAAGACUUAUAAAGGCAAAGGAAUAACAGGUGUUGAGGAUAAGGAAAACUGGCAUGGCAAACCUCUUCCCAGGAACAUGGCUGAGCAAGUCAUUUCAGAGAUUGAUGAUAGAAUCCAGAACAAGAAAAAGCUUUCUCCAGCCCUUCCGCAAGAAGACGCACCAGUUGUCAGCAUCAGAAAUGUCAAGAUGCCUUCACCACCAAAUUACAAGUUGGGAGAGAAGUUUGCUACUCGCAAAGCUUAUGGCUUGGCCCUUGCCAAACUGGGCCAUGCCUGUGACCGUGUGGUUGCUUUGGAUGGGGAUACCAAAAAUUCCACUUUCUCUGAGCUCUUCAAAAAAGAGCACCCCAGCCGUUUCAUUGAAUGCUACAUCGCUGAACAAAACAUGGUGAGCGUUGGCGUUGGUUGUGCAACCCGGGACAGAAACAUUGUGUUUGCCAGCACCUUUGCCACAUUUUACACCAGGGCAUAUGAUCAGAUCCGCAUGGCAGCCAUUUCCGAGAGCAACAUCAACCUCUGUGGAUCUCACUGCGGUGUAUCCAUUGGUGAAGAUGGACCUUCACAGAUGGGGCUGGAAGAUCUGUGCAUGUUCCGUGCCAUUCCUAAUUCAACUGUAUUUUACCCUAGUGAUGCUGUAUCCACUGAAAAGGCAGUGGAAUUGGCUGCAAAUACAAAGGGCAUCUGUUUCAUACGAACCAGUCGUCCAGAAAAUGCCGUGAUCUAUGGCAGCAAUGAGGAUUUCCAUGUUGGACAAGCCAAGGUGGUAUUCAAGAGCAAAGAUGACCAGGUCACGGUUAUUGGAGCAGGAGUAACUCUGCACGAGGCCCUGGCUGCAGCUGAGCAACUGAAGAGAGAAAAAGUUUCCAUCAGAGUGAUUGACCCAUUCACUAUAAAACCUCUGGAUAAGAAAACUAUACUUGAAAAUGCAAGAGCAACCAAAGGCAGAAUUAUCACUGUGGAAGACCAUUACUAUGAAGGUGGCAUUGGAGAAGCUGUUGCUGCGGCUGUGGUUGGAGAACCAGGGAUCACAGUCACUCGCUUGGCUGUGUCCCACAUACCAAGAAGCGGAAAAUCAGCUGAGCUGCUUAGGAUGUUUGGCAUCGAUAAGGAUGGCAUCAUCCAGGCUGUGAAGGUGGCAGUGUCCAAAUCAAGGAAUGCAGAGUAGUUUGUGUUGUACACCCAUUGUGUUCUGGGGCAGUGUUUUGGGAUAAGGAUGGUUAAAAAGAAAACCAAACACUGUAGCUUUCAAACAGGGUUGAAAUUAUAUGCAGAGUUUUAAUGGAAGAAUUCUAAUAAAAGUAAAAGUUUUGGGAGAAAAAUCAUAUUUGCUGUUUUGAACUGUUAGGAUUUCUGGAAACCUACAUGCUGAUAACCUAAAACCGAAAGAUCCAAGAACAUUGCUGUAAUUUAAUGUACCAAAAUGA